AUGCCCGCCACAGAUCCCGGCGCGGGAGCCGGAUGCUCAGUCUCCCAGCUAUGUUACUGUCUGCAGGCAGGGGCCCGACUCCCUCCUUCCCGCGGACCAGUCAGCGGGGCUGGAUGUCAGAGGGCAACGCGGACCACCCUGGGAAGAGAUUCGGAGCUUCCCCGGGGCCCCUACGCGGUCAGUUCCUGGAAGGUUCUGAUUGCCAGUGAACCCUGCAUAGCCAUGCUGAUCAGUUACUUCAAGGCAACUCCCUCCAUCCAGUGCUCAAAUAAACGAACCCCUGGAACUUACUUCACAGCCCUAUCCAGAAACCCAGACCUUGUGCUUAUAGCUUCAAAAAAUAAAUAA